AUGGAGGAGGGAAAGCCGAACCCCUCGCCCGAUGGAACUCCUGAAGCCGCCGAUGCUCAUGAAGGUCGAACCAAAGAACCAAAACAUAUAGGUACAAAGGAAGUCGUCGUGUCGCCAAGUAUAGCCGACCCCGACAACAAGGCAGCAGCAAUCAGUAUAGAUACAGAUGAUCAUGGAUAUCUCACCGGAAUAAAGCGCACCGGAGAGCUCACCGGAAUAAAGCUCACCGUCAUAAUUGCGGCGCUUUCCGUGACAUCUUUUCUUCUCCUGUUGGAUAUGUCUAUUGUUUCCACGGCCGUUCCUCGGAUCACAAGCGACUUUCACUCCCUGACGGAUAUCGGGUGGUAUGGCAGUGCAUACCUCCUUUCGAGGAUUCAACACUGUUAUGAUUUAUUUCAGAAAGAAGCUAACAAUUUGGAAUCUAGCUGUGCACUGCAGCCAAUGACUGGGAAGAUCUUCAGUCAGUUCGACUCCAAGUUGGGAUCCCUCCUUUCUGCUGUUGCCACAUCAUCGAAUAUAUUUAUCGUUGGAAGGGCUGUCGCAGGAAUGGGAGCAUCUGGCCUCUCUAACGGUGGUUUGACCAUAAUUGCGUUAUCCAUACCAUUACAGAAGCGAGCAGUCUACAUGGGGAUUUUGAUGGGAAUAUCUCAACUAGGGGUACUCUUCGGGCCUCUGCUUGGAGGGGCGCUUACUGAGCAUGCUAGUUGGCGAUGGUGUUUCUACAUCAACCUUCCAGCUGGAGCGCUUGCUGCUAUCUUCCUCUUCUUCAUUCGCAUACCAAGCCACCACACCAAAAGAACGGACAAACCUUCCUUUCGUUCAAUUCUCAAAUCACUCGACCUAGUUGGCUUUAUACUCUUUGCCCCGGCUGCAAUCAUGUUUCUCCUCGCCCUCCAAUGGGGCGGUAAUACAUACAAGUGGGACAGUGCAACGAUCAUUGGGCUAUUCUGCGGCUCUGCUGCUACCGUUGUUGUAUUCAUCGGUUGGGAAUAUACCAGAGGUGAUUCUGCUAUGAUUCCACUCUCGAUGGUUAAAAAAAGACCCAUUGCCUCGAGUUGUAUGGUCCAGUUAUUCCAAUUCGGUAGUAUGCUAAGCACGAGUUACUAUCUCGCCAUUUAUUUCCAAGCUGUGAGGGGAUUCGCACCGACGUUGAGUGGUGUCUACAUGCUGCCCUCCAUCCUCAGUCAGUUGAUGUUGGGUAUUGUAUCUGGAAUUUUAGUUGGCCGUCUGGGAUAUUACCUGCCCUUCAUAAUUUUCGGUACUGGGCUUACAUCGAUCGGUUCUGGAUUGAUGAGCACUCUCACCCCAACCUCCGCAACCGGGGCAUGGAUAGGGUACCAAAUUAUCUCCGGUGCUGGCCGCGGAGGUGGACUUCAGAUGCCCAUCCUAGCGAUACAAAGUAAUCUGAAACCCCAAGAAAUCCCUGUAGGGAUGGGCCUUGGGAUAUUCUGCCAAUCUAUCGGCGGUGCACUGUUCCUCUCCUUUGCGCAAACCAUCUUCUCCACCAGCCUAGUAGACGCACUUCCUGAUUUCGCCCCCGAGGUAGAUGCACAAGCGGUGAUUAAUGCUGGUGCAGCUGGCGCUCGAGAUAUCGUUUCAAAGGCGCUUCUUCCUGGUGUCCUACUCGCGUACAAUCAAGCGGUCAGCCAUGUGUUCUAUCUUGCGGCAGGGGCUAGUGCCGUAGCUUUUGUUUUCAGUUGGGGGAUGGGGUGGAAGAGUGUUAAGAAGGCGAAAGUCGUCACGCCGGCGGCCGAAUAA